GAUUGCAACACAUGCAGCUGCCUGGAGAGAGGGAGCCGGUGUCCUACGUCAGAGCCGCCGCCGCCGCGGAGCCGCCGCCGGGGAGGAGCAGCCGCUGCCGCCCAGGACUGGGCCCUUAGGGAGGAGGAGGCGAGAAGAUGGCGGACGACCCCAGUGCUGCCGAUAGGAACGUGGAGAUCUGGAAGAUCAAGAAGCUCAUUAAGAGCUUGGAGGCGGCCCGCGGGUGAGCGCCGCGUCCGGCACCCUCCGUGCUCUCUUGGUUCCCGGACCCCUCAGGAUGGACGCCCCCGCGCCGCAUGGCCGGAUGAGGAGAACCAGGCACUAGCCAACUCCCGCCUUCUGGAUCUCUGGGUAGUAGCCCCUGACCCAGGGGCGAGGGUCGGCGCGGUUGGCCCGAGAAUGGGUCCUUUCCCCGCAUGGGGCAAUGGCACCAGCAUGAUAUCAUUGAUCAUUCCUCCCAAAGACCAGAUUUCACGAGUGGCAAAAAUGUUAGCGGAUGAGUUUGGAACUGCAUCUAACAUUAAGUCACGAGUAAACCGCCUUUCAGUCCUGGGAGCCAUUACAUCUGUACAACAAAGACUCAAACUUUAUAACAAAGUACCUCCAAAUGGUCUGGUUGUAUACUGUGGAACAAUUGUAACAGAAGAAGGAAAGGAAAAGAAAGUCAACAUUGACUUUGAACCUUUCAAACCAAUUAAUACGUCAUUGUAUUUGUGUGACAACAAAUUCCAUACAGAGGCUCUUACAGCACUACUUUCAGAUGAUAGCAAGUUUGGAUUCAUUGUAAUAGAUGGUAGUGGUGCACUUUUUGGCACACUCCAAGGAAACACAAGAGAAGUCCUGCACAAAUUCACUGUGGAUCUCCCAAAGAAACACGGUAGAGGAGGUCAGUCAGCCUUGCGUUUUGCCCGUUUAAGAAUGGAAAAGCGACAUAACUAUGUUCGGAAAGUAGCAGAGACUGCUGUGCAGCUGUUUAUUUCUGGGGACAAAGUGAAUGUGGCUGGUCUAGUUUUAGCUGGAUCCGCUGACUUUAAAACUGAACUAAGUCAAUCUGAUAUGUUUGAUCAGAGGUUACAAUCAAAAGUUUUAAAAUUAGUUGAUAUAUCCUAUGGUGGUGAAAAUGGAUUCAACCAAGCUAUUGAGUUAUCUACUGAAGUCCUCUCCAACGUGAAAUUCAUUCAAGAGAAGAAAUUAAUAGGACGAUACUUUGAUGAAAUCAGCCAGGACACGGGCAAGUACUGUUUUGGCGUUGAAGAUACACUAAAGGCUUUGGAAAUGGGAGCUGUAGAAAUUCUAAUAGUCUAUGAAAAUCUGGAUAUAAUGAGAUAUGUUCUUCAUUGCCAAGGCACAGAAGAGGAGAAAAUUCUCUAUCUAACUCCAGAGCAAGAAAAGGAUAAAUCUCAUUUCACAGACAAAGAGACCGGACAGGAACAUGAGCUUAUCGAGAGCAUGCCCCUGUUGGAAUGGUUUGCUAACAACUAUAAAAAAUUUGGAGCUACGUUGGAAAUUGUCACAGAUAAAUCACAAGAAGGGUCUCAGUUUGUGAAAGGAUUUGGUGGAAUUGGAGGUAUCUUGCGGUACCGAGUAGAUUUCCAGGGAAUGGAAUACCAAGGAGGAGACGAUGAAUUUUUUGACCUUGAUGACUACUAGGUAGUCGACAUGGGUCCGGCAAAACGUGCCUCACCCUCCAGCAUCCAACCCAAGGAGCAUACCCAUGGUGGAAUCCAAACAGAUCCCUGCCUUACAAUUGGAACAUUUCCAGAACUUAAUCCAUGAGCAUUGGAUAUUGAAAAGAAAACCGAAACAAAACCAGACCCAGCCCUACACUUUGGUUUGUCAUGGUGUCAGCGCAGCAGCCUACAACUAAGUUCCUAAAUGCCACUUUGGACUAAUUUAAAAAAGAAUCCCAGUUUUUACUUUUACUGGAUGGUGAAAUUGGUUGCUCUUGUAUUUUAUGAAAAAAAAAUGAUUUUUUUAACCUUCAUACAUAGAAGCAAAAAUACUUUAACUGCUGUAAACCUUCAAAAGUUAAUAGAAGUGAGAUCAUACUGGUUUGUUUCUUAUUUUGAUUGGAGAAAAAUUAAAUUGCUGCAUUUCGCAGUGACCCAUUUACAUGGCAUUCUCAGCUUAGACUGCAUAAGAAGAAAUAUAUGUGGUGAAAUGUUGGAACCAUUUCUCUCUUGGUCUCUGUUUAAUGUUGAAAGGGUGAGCUAAUAGGAGGCACUUUCAACUUCACUCCCUCACGCUACCCCGUCCCCCUCCAGACUGGCAGUUUCAAGGAUGCAAAUUGCGUUGCAAAAUCAAACUGACUCAUGAAGCAUUUGGGCCAGUGCACUGUUUACUUCCAUCUGUUUGCAGACACAUCUGUGCCCGGCGUUUGGGAGCCCUUUGUAUCAAUGUUCUGACAAGGGUCCUUAUAACCUUAACCUACUCGAAACCGGUUUGGGAUGGAUAUGAUGGGGCUUCUGUGCUAUUGCUGGGAUUGGGAGAAAUAAAACAUGCAAUUUAAGUGGAA